GUCAGUUGGUUACCUUGUUAUAGAACAAGUAAGCCAUAUUAUUUUUUUAUUACCAGCCAAGAAUAAAACACGUAUCGCGUAAGGAGGUUGGUUUUUUGAAAAGUUCUUAUUAGAAAUAAAUAAAAAAUAAGUGAGGCAUUAAUGUGGAUUGUGAGAGAAUAAAAUCUUUAUGUAAACAUGGAGACCUUACCAAACCAUCCACUAAUAGAAGUCACAAGUGAUGACGUCACAAAGGCGAGGGAAUUUUACGAAAUAAAUGACGUCACAAGGAUAAAACAAAGUUUAGAUACGAUUUAUGAGUGGUGCAAUAAGCAAGAUCAUUUGGUAAAUGCAUUGAAAGUUAUGGAUCGCAAUCUCCUAGAACGGAUAUUGAUUUUAUCCAGAGGAUCUGUGGAAGCGGCUAAGACCAAAAUAGACAAGUUAUUAACAUCUAGGGGAAUGAUGCCGGAACUGGCUCUGAAUAAGAGUGUUGAAGAGUUUGAAUUAUUAUGGGAUUAUGGAUUAUAUGUGCCGCUCCCUAAGCUGCAUAAAGUAGAUCAGUCCAGAGUGAUGGUGACGCAGUUUCUCUCCGAAAAACUCGACGCGUUCAGCUUAUUGUCAUACUUUCGUUAUGCAUUCAUGAUCGGUGAAUACAGACUGCACUACGACUAUUGUUUGUCUGAACGAUAUAUAAUCGAUCUGACUAACAUACAUGUCGGCCUUGUUACAAAAGUCAACCCAAUGGUGGUAAAAAAAGCAGAGGUGUUGUGUACGGAAGGUUUUGGAACUAAAAUAAAAGGCAUCCACCUAUUGAACGCGCCACCAUUCGUCGAUAAAAUCGUAUUUCUAAUAAAACAAGGUUUGAAGGAAAAGGUUGCCAGUCGACUCCAUGUCCACAACUCCUACGCAGACUUACACAAACAUAUUCCUAAGGAAAUUCUUCCAAAAGACUUCGACGGGGAUGGUCCAUCAUUAAUAAAAUUAGCAGAGCAAUGGAAAGAAACACUAAAAACUGAAGAAGCAAAGAAAAUAAUUAAAGACAUGGACCAGUUGGUGGCAGAUGAAUCUCGUAGAAGCUCAUCAAAAUUUAACGAGGAAUACUUAGGGAUGCCAGGGUCAUUUAGGAAAUUAAAUGUAGAUUAGAAAAUUGUU